CGGGACUACAUUACUGCUGUUGCUUCAGUCUGUGGUGUCCACAUGUGACUGUACACAUGCUGUCUUAUUUAUGUAGGAAACAACAAGGACUAAUGACAACAUUUUGCUGAGAACAUUGGAAUCCAUCUGAGGAUAAAAGAAAAUGUUGAGUGAUUCAGAGGCUGCAGAGCUGCUGUCCUUCCUGAGCCCUGCUACACGUCCUGAUAUCAAAGGUCAGGCCACAGAGUACUUCCUGGGACUGUCAGCUCACAGCGAUGGUUGCCGUUUCUUCCGCUCUAAAGCGGACUUACUUAAAGCUCUGUUUGCUCUCACGUCUGACCCCUCCAUCGCGGUCGUGAAGGACUGUUACCACAUCUUCAUCAACCUGUCAGCUGAUGAGACUCUGCACCAGGUGUUGUUAGCAGAAGUUAAUGUUCUUCCAGUGCUGUUAAAGAACCUUCGGGAUCCAGAGUGCACGUUCUCUGAUCAGAUUUCCACCAUUCUGACAAACUUGAGUCGUCAUGAGAAGACCUGCAAGACAGUGUUCAAGGUCCUCCAGGAGGACACUGGUUUGGCUCAGCUGGUCGAGAUCUUCUGUACUGAAGGUUACAACAAAAAGGCCAAACUGCAUUACCUGGGUCCUCUGCUGUCCAACCUGACACAGCUGCCAGAGACCAGGAACUACAUCAUGGACAGAGACAGAUGUGUAGUCCAGAGAUUGCUGCCGUUCACUCAGUACCAGGCUUCAGCGGUGAGGAGAGGAGGAGUCAUCGGCACCUUACGCAACUGCUGCUUCGACCACACCUGUCAUGAGUGGUUACUAAGCGAGGCUGUUGACAUCCUGCCCUUCCUCCUGCUGCCGCUGGCCGGUCCAGAGGAGCUGACGGACGAGGAAAAUGAAGGUCUGCCUGUGGACCUGCAAUACCUCCCAGAGGACAAAAAGAGGGAAGAAGACCCCGACAUCAGGAAGAUGCUGCUGGAGACGCUUCUACUGCUCACAGCAACCAAACCUGGCCGGACAAUGCUGAAAGAAAAGAACGUUUAUCCGAUCAUCAGAGAGUUUCAUCGCUGGGAGAAAGACGUCCACGUCGUAGCUGCCUGUGAGAAACUGGUCCAGGUUUUGAUUGGAGAUGAGCCGGAGCAGGGGAUGGAGAACCUGAUGGAGGUGGAGAUUCCCGGGGACGUGGAGGAGAAACUGAAGGAGGCCGACAUCAAAGAGCAGGAGGAGCUGAAGAAAGAGCAGGAGAGGAUGAGACAGGAGGAAGAGGAGGAGGAGAAGAGGAAAAAGGAGGCUGAGAGGACAGAAGAAGAACAGGUGAAGGGACUGAUGCGAUGAAGAGGCUUUUUAGACGGGGUUCAUCUGGUGCAUUUGUGACGGUAGAGCUUUUAUGUCAUUCAGACAUAAGAAAUGCAAGGACUUUAAAGAGAGUGGCAUACCACCCUGACAUUAAAUGCUGUUCCAUAAAGCAUGGGUGUCACUGCUGGAGAACUUUUACAAGUUAAAGAGAGAAGAAUGCGUUAUUUCCUCACAGGUGUCAGUGAUGGAUUUCAGAAUUUCAUUUACUAUUAAAAUCUAAAAAUAAUACUUUAAGUAUUGAACAGUGGCAUGGUCUUUCCGCUUAGGGUUAUAUUUCAUCCCCAUAAAGCCCUGGAUCUCAACUGUUGGGUCAGGACCCAAAGUGGGUCAUGGAUGUGUGCUAGUAAAAAGAUAUACGAUAAAAGGUAUAUGAUGUGCCUUUAUUUUUAAGGAUAUGUCUCCUUCUCUUCAUUUUGUCACAUCUUUUGCUCCAUCUUUUAGUCCAAAUACCUCACUUUCCAUUGAAAAUACUGGUUAUAACUGAAAAAUUGAAGAAAUGUGGGUUGUUUUUUGUCAUUAAAGAGUAGACAGUGGGUUCUGAUGCUCAACCAGUUGAGAACUACUGCUAUAAAGGAUGCAGUGUCAAUAUGCAACAUGUCUUUUUUCCCUCUUUGCCCUGGACAAUGAGGAGGAAAUCCAUGAGAAAAAUCUCAAACGCAUAUUUGCUUCUUUCCCACUGUGUCACUGUUUAUUUCACAUAUUUUUUUAGUUCUCAUAACUGCAUUGUAGUGGAAAAAAUAUUUCCCAAAUAGAAUUCACAAUGUAAUCAUGAUAAAUCAUCUUUGCAGAUUCCUUUUCCCUUUUUUCAGUAAUUAAUGAUGUAAAUCAUGUGUACGUAACGAUUUUGGUGGUGCGUCCCAAACAGCAUGCAGUCUUAAUUCACAAGAAAAAGCAUCUCCACACCCAAGCAUCUCUGCAGCUCUUUAUUUAAGUGGGAUUAACCUUUCAAAAUAAAAUAUAUAUAUUCUGCUGUUUUACUUAUUUUGCAAUACUUGUGAAAGCUUAACUAUUGGUUUAAAUGAUGAAUGCUCAUUUUACUGCAUUGGUCUUUAAUCAGCAUUGUUACAAGUGGGACUUAAACUUUUCCCAUCAUGACUCUGUGGAAUAAAGUUACUCUGGUAUUUUCUGACUGUA